AGCUUAUAUUAGCGCACCAAUAAACAAAAGCAAGUCGCAACUGAAAAAGACUGCUACUGCCCCUACCCUUUGCCUCUCGCUCUCUCGCUCUGUCUCUCUCUGCCCUGUUAACUCUUCAUCAGCUCUCAUAGCAGCGGCUCCUUCUUCCUCUCUUCCUGGAUUUGCCUUCAUAUCUUACUCUUGACGCUCUGUUGGGUAAAACUGCUUGAUCUGCUAUGAACCUUCGUUUCUCGUUUUCUAGUUAAACUGUUCGCGGUCACUCUCCAAUCCAAUUACACAAAUUUGGAAAAAGGGACGUUAAGGAAGGUUUAACGAUUUUUGGGUUUGGCUCAAAUCUUACCUUUUUUAAACUGUUUGAAGUGGAGAGGGAAUGGUGGGUAAAGAGGAUGGGAAUCCUCUGGCUCCGCGCCAGCUUCCCUCCGCUGCUGGGUCCCGCAAAAUGUUUUGGCGCUCCGCAUCCUGGUCCUCGUCUAGGACUGCCCUUCAAAACCCUGAAGCCGAAGAGAAAGACUGCGUUAUAGAUCCAAAUGGUAAUGAUAUUGGUAAUAGUAAUAAUGUGCAAAACCGUAGGUACCCUGUUCCCUUAACCCCACGGUCCCAACAAAAACGGUCGUGCUUACCACCUUUGCAGCCAUUGUCAAUUGCUCGUAGAAGUUUAGAGGAGUGGCCAAAAGCGGGUUCUGAUGAUUUAGGAGAGUGGCCUCAGCCGACCACCCCAAGUGGUAACAAGAGUGGGGAGAGAUUGAAACUUGAUUUAUCCUCAAUCCAAAGAAACCCAGAUAGGAAUGCUGGGUUAGUGAAGAGAGAUAGGAUUGCUUUCUUUGAUAAAGAGUGCUCAAAGGUAGCAGAGCAUGUGUAUCUUGGUGGGGAUGCAGUGGCUAAGGAUAGGGAGAUUUUGAAACAAAAUGGAAUUACUCAUGUGCUGAAUUGUGUCGGUUUUGUUUGUCCAGAGUAUUUCAAGGCUGACUUAGUGUAUAGGACGUUAUGGUUGCAGGAUAGUCCUUCAGAGGAUAUCACAAGUAUUCUGUAUGACGUUUUUGAUUAUUUUGAAGAUGUAAGGGAACAGGGUGGAAGGGUUUUUGUGCAUUGUUGCCAAGGGGUUUCUCGGUCCACUUCAUUGGUAAUUGCAUAUCUCAUGUGGAGAGAGGGUCAGAGUUUUGAUGAUGCCUUUCAAUAUGUCAAGGAAGCGAGAGGCAUUGCUGACCCGAAUAUGGGUUUUGCUUGCCAGUUAUUACAGUGCCAAAAAAGGGUUCAUGCAUUCCCUCUUAGUCCUAGUUCAUUGUUGAGGAUGUAUAGAAUUGCCCCACACUCACCAUAUGAUCCCUUGCAUCUUGUCCCAAGAAUGUUGAAUGAUCCAUCACCGUUUGCUCUGGAUUCUAGAGGUGCCUUUAUUGUUCAUAUUCCUUCCGCAAUAUAUAUCUGGAUUGGUAAAAAUUGUGAGGCCAUUAUGGAAAGGGAUGCUAGAGGGGCUGUAUGCCAGAUUGUUCGGUAUGAGAGAGCUCAAGGGCCACAUAUAGUGGUUAAAGAAGGGGAGGAACCAGGAUAUUUUUGGGAUGCUUUUUCAAACUAUUUGCCUCUGAUGGAUAAAUCUAGUAAUGGAGUGGAUACUGGGAAAUCAACAAUUGAGAUUUGCCCUGGUGAGAGAAAAGUGGAUGCAUAUAAUGUUGAUUUUGAGAUUUUCCAAAAAGCAAUUAAGGGAGGUUUUGUGCCUCCAUUUGCAUCGUCAGAGAAUGAACAUGAAACCCACCUUCCUGCCAGAGAAAGCAGUUGGAGUGUGCUAAGGCGAAAGUUUGCCCCUGUUGAUAUGAAGGAGUUUGUCUCAGCACCAAAGAUAUUCCUCUCCAGGGUCUAUUCAGAUUCUAUGAUGAUCGUGCACUCCUCAUCACCAUCUUCAUCAUCUUCGUCCUCAUCUUCAUCAUCUUCUCCUCCUUAUCUCUCUCCAGAUUCCAUGUCUUCUGAUUCUAGUACCAGCUCAAAGUACUUCUCAGAAUCCUCUCUAGAUUCUCCUUCAGGAGCUUCGUGUUCUGUUCUUGUAUCUUCAACAUUGUCUAACUUCUCUAACUUGUCUCUUUUCUCAUCCAAGGCUUCUUGUCAUUCACCAUCUAACACUCCUGGACUUCAUGCUCUCAAUAGCAUGUCAAAUCAAUGUUCUCAAGUAACUUCCUCACCAUCUAAAAAAUCUUCACUCUCACUUGCAGAACGUAGAGGUGGCUUGUCUAAAUCUUUGAAGCUGCCAGUGAUGACUGAUAAUACGAGGAUGACUAACACACCACCAAGUUCACUUGCAUCCCAGGAAGAUGGUGCUAGGAUAAACAUGAAUACUUUUUCUUGGUGUAAUUCAAAUGGUACAGAAAUUGUUUUAGAGUCUGAGAAUCAUGCUAAAGAAGACCAAGAUUCAAUGAAAAAAUGCAAGUUGAAUAUAUCUCGAGAUAAAGUAGUUAGUGCUAACUCUUAUGACAGAGAAGCUGCCUUUGUAAAUAAUUGUGAUGGACCUGGUAGAAAUUGUCCUUUGGGAGACAGCUUGGGGUCUUCCACCUCAAAUGGGAAAGAGGAAAAUGAUUCAUCUUAUUGUAACCUAAUGCAACCAUUGGUAUUCCACUGGCCCAGUUUGGAAAAAGUUGCAACUUUUGGUACCAGUGACUUGGAUUCUAAAGCUGCUUUUGCAAUUUUAGCACCAACUACAGGUUUAGGCAGAGAUGGGAGUAGGAUUCUAUAUCUUUGGAUAGGAAGGUCGUUUACUUUUGAUGAGAGCCUGAUUCAGAUAGAUUGCAGCAAAGGAUUGAUGGUUGGAAAAUAUAUUGACUGGAAUCAAGUUGGUUGCUAUGUUCUCACUCGAAUGGAUCUUCCAAAAGAUAUCCUUGUUAAGUUUAUCCAAGAAGGUGAAGAACCAGCUGAAUUUCUUGCAUUGUUGAGUGCAGUGUAGCACUGCUGGGAUCAAGGAUGACUCUGCAAUUCAAUAGCUUAAAUCUUCUUUCAGUGACUUCAGCUGGCCUAGUUUACUUCACAAGUUUUCAAGCAUUAAAAUGAACUUUUGUGGCAAAACCAGUGAGGUGGCUGCUUGCUAAGGUUUUCUGUAGCUUUUCAUCUGGUUGUACAGUACCGUAACACCCUCAUAACUGAAUCAUUUGUCCCACAAAUUUAAUGGUCCUGUAUAUUCAUUAUUGUCAGAAACAAAUUCCUUGAGGAAAUAGAUACAUUGGAAAUUUUCCACCUUGGUAGUUGAUUGCCUUUUAUCCUUGAAA